AUGGAGUCUUUCGUUUACAGCCCCCUGCCUCAUAGGGUCAUCUUUGGACGAGGUUCAACCCGCCAGUUUCCACAAUGCCUCCAGGAGCUUGGCUUUCGUCGACCCUUGGUCCUCUCGACUCCCCAGCAAGUCGACCAAGCCAAACAAAUCACCACCAUCUUGGAGCCUCAUGUGGACGCCACUUGGAUUUUCUCCGAGGCUACGAUGCAUACUCCUUUGGAUAUCACCGAGAAAGCCCUCCAGUUCUGCCAAGAGAAACAGCCUGAUGUCUUGGUGUCGAUUGGAGGCGGCAGCACCACUGUGGGGUUGGCGAAAGAGUGGUUGUGCAUGGUAUACCACAUCUCCAUCCCAACCACAUACGCCGGUAGUGAGGUGACUCCGAUUCUCGGGGAGACUGUCGAUGGCGUCAAGAAAACCCAGACCCAUCUGUCAAUCCUCCCCAAGACGGUUAUAUACGACGUUGACUUGACUCUCACGCUUCCAUUGUCCAUGUCGCUUACCAGCAUCAUAAAUGCUCUUGCGCAUGCCGUCGAAGCCCUUUACGCUCCUAACCUCAACCCCAUCGUCAGUCUCAUGGCGGCUGAAGGUGUGAGAUCUCUCGCAAGAGGAGCAUAUGAGUUGCUUGACGAUCCCAACUCCCUUUCAGCUCGAUCUGCCUGCCAGUACGGAGCCUGGCUCUGCGGAACAUGCUUGGGCAGCGUUGGAAUGUCUCUCCAUCAUAAGCUCUGUCAUACAUUAGGUGGUUCGUUCAAUCUGCCGCAUGCUGAGACACACACAAUCAUCCUCCCACACGUUUUGGCAUACAAUGCGCCUCGAGUCCCCGAGGCUAUGAAGAUUCUUGCCGGUGCGUUGCCGGAUAGCCAUGGUGACGCUUUACGCGGCCUCAACACUCUGCUCCGCAAGCUGGGUGUUCCUCGAAGCUUGGAAUCCAUAGGUUUCAGGGAGGCGGACAUCGCCAAGGCAGCUGAUCUCGCCGUCAGCAAGUCUUACCCCAACCCAAGAGAGAUCAACAGAGAUCUGAUCAGGGAGGCCAUCAGGAGAGCGUGGGCUGGGGAGGAGGCAAGGGCAGAUUUGUAG